GCAGAAAGUCUAAGAAAUAGCUCUUCCCUUUCCUUUCCACUAAAAGCUUUCUCUGGUGUAAGAAAAUGAUUCGCAUGUUCACCUGUGGGGAACUGCCUCUAAUGGAUAUUGUGGAGCUUCAGGGGAAGAUCCACAUUCAGCCCGAGUCCGAGGCUAGUGAUUUUAAUCCAAAAGAUAAGUUUAACCAAAAGGAAGUUUUCCUCGGGGAGGUUCGGCCGGAUCGCCUGCGCGCGGACGGGUGCACGCUGAGAAUGGGUACGCUAUGCGUGGACGGCUCGCGGGAGGCCCUCAAACUGCCGAUUUUAGUCCUUAAACGAUGCGAUCCUGCGCGAAAGAAGACGAUUUCUGCGCAAAUCCGUCGACGUUUGCAACGAGAAGCCAAGAAAUCACACAAAGGGGAUCAAAAACAAAAGCGAGAAGAGGCGCAUGAGGUGGAUUUCAGAGAUUCUAAUGACGUAGGGGAUACUGUGCUCUUUUCCGAUUGGAUUGAUGCCCAUCCUGAGUAUCUCUCGCUGGAUUACCUUUUUUUUGGUGGAGGUCAAGGGAAUCUGUGUCAUGGCAAUGCUAGAGAUCGAUCUAACCAAAAUGAUAGCGAUACGAUGGUAUUAAAUAACAACCCAGAUUUUUCUUCAACAGCUGUAAAAUUUCGUAGUGAGGUUUCACUAGAUAGUCCAUCAGAUGAAAUAGUAAAAGGAGGACGAUCUGUUGAUAUGGAUGAAUUAAGCGAUGAAAGUCUUUCAGAGUAUGAAAAGAAAGAAAGAGAAGUCGAUGUAGCCGGCGAGAAUGAAGAAAUGUUCACUGAUUAUGAAGUAGUUGGUUUGGUAGAGAAUUAUGUGGUUUUCAAUGGGAAGCCUGCUCGUGUAUUUUCGUAAUUUAUGGCAUAGAACUUAUUAAGUUAAUUUAAUUAUUUUUGUAAGCCUCUUGAUUUGGAGUAUUCUUUAUCGAACUUUCAAAAAAGAACUAAAAUCUAUAGUGAAAGUCAAGGUUCUUUCAUCUAUGUUAGGAGUUGUUUUGUAUU